UUUUAAAUAAUUUAUGUUUGAAAUUAUGCGAAAAAAGUUUGCAAAUUAACACAUUUCAUGUUGAUUUUGAAAUUGGAGCUCAUCAGGCAAUUACAGACGUGUUUGGAAAUAUUAAAAUAAUUGGAUGUAGAUUUCAUUUAGGACAAUCAUGGUGGAAAAAAAUUGUUGGCGAACCUUCACUCAGAAUAGCAUACAUGGACAACAGUAAUGAACUAGGGAAAUGGUUGAAAAUGUUUUUUGGUUUGGCGUUUAUUUCCCCAGAAGAAGUAGUUGAUGCAUUUCACGAGUUAAUAUCAAUUUGUCCAAAUGAUGACGGUUUCAUAUUUUCUGAUUACAUUAUACACAACUAUAUUGAAGAUCACUGCCAGUUUCCUCCAAAUAUUUGGGCGGAAACUCCUUCGCUAAACCCAAGAACGACCAAUGCAGCUGAAAGCUUUCAUCGCACGUACAAUUCACAGUUUUAUUCACCUCACCCCCAUGUUCAUACAGUCGUUAGGGUAUUGAUCGAAACACAAGCGGAAACAUCGACUAAGAUCAAUUCAAUUCGACACAAGCCUGGAAAAUUACAAUCCGCAAAAGAAAUAAAAAAAAAUGAAUUGAAUAUUCAAGCCUACAGCCAGUUUUUAAAUCGUAAGAAUACGGAAUCUUUAUUAAUUUAUUUAAGUCAAAUUGGAAGCAGAUACCAAGGUGUAUCAAUUUAAUUUAUUAUUAUCAAAAAAUCUAGCUAGGUAUAUUAUACUGUAUUAUAAUAUGAAUGU